GGUUUCACAUAAUUAAACAUGAAAGAAGACCUCCAUAUCCCCACUCCUAAAGUUCCUUUUUCUUGUACAUAACUUUGAAAGUGUGGACCUAUAUUAUACAGCACCAUAUUUUGUCCUUUGAUGAAAAGUACUAUUGGUACCACUUAACAACAACAACUUCCCCCUCCUCUUCAAGAACAUGUGUAUGCUUGCCUGCACAGGUAUCUUGUUAGUACUAGACGACCUUAGUAAUGCAGAUGUAGUCCAUUGGUUUUGUUAAAUCUUGUUAUUGAUCACUAAAUUCCGCAAAACUGUCCUCCAUUGUAACGGAUUUUAAACCGAAUUAAAAUGGAAGCAUCAAAAUUCGACAUUGAAUUACAAGCCUUAUCUGGAAAUGAUUCUGAUAUAACAAGCCAAGUUGCUUCCAACAUUGAGUUUUCUCAAUUAAGUUCCGAACCUGUUUCACUUGGUUUAUCACUCGGCCUUAAUUCUGGUAUCGACGAGUUGGCCAGCCAAGAUUCAAUAGGAUUUUCAGUAUCCAGCACGUGCGAAAGCAGCAAUGAACUCGCAGCAUCACCAAAUUCAGGAGAAGCAGCAGUUAGAAGAGUUUUCACUUGCAAUUUCUGCAAGCGUAAAUUCUACAGCUCACAGGCACUUGGCGGUCACCAGAAUGCUCACAAACGAGAGAGAACAUUAGCAAAACGAGCUAUGAGGAUGGGGAUUUUCUCAGAAAGGUAUGCUAAUUUAGCUGCUUUGCCAUUGCACGGGUCCACUGCACGGUCGUUAGGGAUCAAAGCGCAUUCGUCAGUGCACGGAUUUCCACCAGCAAUGGGAUCACUUGAUUUCAGGACGAGCGCGAGAUUUGAAUAUGGACACCAGUAUCAGCAGGGCCCGCCAUUAUACGUGGAGGAUAUCGAUGGGGCUGAUCAAUUAUUAUGGCCUGGCAGUUUUCGUCAAGUAACUAACACUGAUUGCUCUGAUCAUCGUCCUACGAUUACUUUUACUGGAUGUUCGAACGUGAAUUCUGUAGAGUGGACUCCAUCUGUCGAAAAAGAUGAAUUGACACCAGAUCUCACACUGAGGCUUUAGGCUGUUGAAACUGAAAAAUGUGUGUAUUAUGGAAUAUAUAUAUAACUUAACGAACGAUAUGUGCUCGUCUCCAUAUCCUUGUAUUCGAGAUCUUUGCUCCAGUACCAGCUCAGGUCAGUGUAUUGGGAAUAUUGUUAGUUGAUUGUUGUACAAUGUAUUGAUAAGACUUGCAACAAUGGUCCAAUUUUAGUAUUUACUUUUCACAAAUGUUGCUACUGUAUUAAGUAGGUUAUGAUUGUAAUUGACAAAUUCCAUGGUGUGUAAUCUUAAUCCUAAUAGAGAAACAGAGUUUUGUGUU